UACGUCCGUUGACUGUUCUGUGGCAAGUCAACCGUCGGAACGCAACGUUCGAGUAUCAUUUUUUUUAUAAUUGCGGUCACUGCAGCGCGUGCUAAUAAAAAGUUUAUCGCGUCGCGACUUUCGAGAUGGUUUUGAAGAGCCAGGGAACCGAAUCGGCGCGACUCGAGCAUCAAAUCGGAUGCAUCAAAUAUACAAUUUUUUGCCUCGAUGCCGUUCUAUGGAUCCUCGGAGCAGCGAUGUUUGGAAUGUCCAUUUGGCUUUUAGUGGAGCCCGGUUUUGCCGAAUGGGUUGACUCUCUGGACAUAUCAGAGUUUUAUAUAGGAAUCUACGUACUCGUUGUCUCCUCCAUAUUCGUGAUGCUUAUAGCAUUCAUAGGGUGCGCAGCUGCUCUCAUGGAACACACCAUGGCUCUGUACACGCACAUAGGACUCCAAGGAUUGUGUUUCAUCCUCGGUUUGGCCGGUUCGGCAGUUCUUCUCGAUUAUUCAACUUACGACAGUAAAAUUCAGCCGCUAAUACGAAGAUCGAUGUCAAAUUUGAUCAGUACAUCUCACCAGGAAAAAUCUGCUGGAAUCCUCCGCAUGAUUCAAGAAAAUAUGGGAUGUUGCGGUGCCGAUGGUCCAAUGGAUUAUCUCACUCUUCUGAAACCCUUGCCCACGGAGUGUCGAGACUCCGUAACCGGAAACGCAUUUUUCCACGGUUGCAUUGAAGAAUUUACCUGGUUUUUGGAGGCAAGAUCCGGUUGGCUGGCUGGAGUCGCUCUCGCACUGUGCAUGUUUCACGUAAUCCUAGGAGUGCUCUCUUUCGUGCUGGUGCAAGCUAAGCAAAAAGAAGAGGAAGCAGCAAUAUUCAAGCGUUGAUUCCCAUCGAACGAACAAAUAUUUCAAUCGAUACGUGAAUGAAAAAGUAACUUUUAAAUGUUAGCGAUUGUCGUAACGAACUUCGAGGCAUUUAAUACUUGAACCAUUUUUAUACGGUCUCUAAUAAUCUUGAGAGUAAAUAUCAUUCACAUGCAAUUAUCUUUCAAAUAUCAUUCACAAUUACAUGAUGUACCUCCAUAUUUAUACCUCAAAUAAAUUAUUUAAUAAGUA